UGCUACUCCAGAAUACAGAUGCGUGAUCAUGCAAUUGGAUCAACUAGUUUGGGCUUAGGUAUGCGACCCUACGUUACGUGAAUGAACCGAAUAUCAUUCAGAUUUCAAUUCAAGAACUUGUUUUGAGGUAUAGUAGAUGAGGGACAUGAUACGUGUCGUCCAAUCACCCAUUCGUAGUUUGAAGGUCUGAUAUUCUUCUGGGAGGCAAAAGGAUACUGUAGUUAAGAUUUCUGCCCAUAACAUUACAGGAGAGCUAGAGUACAGAAGCUCGGGCUGCAGAAUGACGAAAUGGUGAAUCUCUCUCUCUCUCUCUCCCUCUCUCUCGCGCGCGCGCAAUGCAGUGGAUUCGCGUAAGUUCAUUCCUGACCUUCGACCGAGUCAUUCGGCUCCGGACCACAAGAAUCAGCACGCUUCUCUCUGCAACUUCAAUUUGUCGCGAUUGGAUGCUAGGAAGAAGAUGGUUUUCCUCCCAGUCCGAGGAUCCCCGGUUAGUGGAGUUCGUGGACUAUCUGGAGACGCUCAAAAACUAUGAGAAAUUGGGUGUGCCCAAGGGAGCAGGUACCGAUUCGGACGACGGCUUCGAUUUGGGCAGGAUGCGGCGAUUGCUGCACUCCCUCGGCAAUCCACACCUCGAAUUUAAGGCUGUCCACAUUGCUGGCACCAAGGGAAAAGGAUCAACAGCUCAGUUUAUUUCAAAUAUAUUACGAAAACAAGGAUACACUGUUGGUUGUUAUACUAGUCCACAUUUACGAAGUAUAAGGGAGAGGAUGUCCCUUGGAAGCAAUGGAGAAAUUGUGUCUGUUGAGACUCUAAAUAAUCUCUUUUAUGGUGUUAAGAGUAUUGUUGAUCAAUCAAUUCAAUUGGAGAAAGGAUCUCUUACUCAUUUUGAGGUCCUAACAGCUUUGGCAUUCACACUCUUUGCCCAACAGAAAGUUGACAUUGCUGUGGUUGAGACAGGUCUUGGAGGGGCACGCGAUGCGACAAAUGUUCUACCUGGCACAAGUAUAGCUGCUUCAGUUAUAACUACGAUCGAUGAGGAACAUUUGAGUGCACUUGGAGGUUCUUUGGAAAGCAUUGCCAUAGCAAAGUCUGGUAUUAUCAAAGAAGGAUGCCCGGUAGUGAUUGGCGGUCCAUUUCUAUCACAAAUUGAGCAAAUCCUUUGUGAAAAGGCUACAAUGAUGGGUUCACCAUUAAUUUCUGCUUGUGAUUCUGGAAAAAAAAGCACCCUGAAGAGUUUUUUGACUAAAGAUGGAAGAAUUUAUCAACUAUGUAACAUAUUUAUAGAAUGUCCAGACAUGCAUAUGUUUGCUGAAUUGCUUGAUGUUAAGUUGCAAAUGCUGGGAAGACACCAGCUCCAAAAUUCCAUUACAGCUGCAUGUACUGCACUUGUUCUGCGCAACCAAGGAUGGGAAAUAUCAGGUGAGUCCAUCCAUGCUGGAUUGGAAGAUGCCUUCUUGCUUGGAAGAUCUCAAUUCCUCUCAAACAAAGAAGCUGAGUUGCUUGGGAUUUCUGGCACCUCUGUAUUGAUUGAUGGAGCACACACUGAAGCAGCUGUUGUGAGUUUAGCAAACAUGGUUCAGAUGACGCACAUGGAUUACAAGUCAGCUGUAGUGGUUGCCAUGGCAAGUGACAAAAACCAUUCAGCUUUUGCAAACCAACUUUUGUCCGGUCUUAGGCCAGAUAUUGUGGUCUUCACGGAAACUAGCAUCGCUGGAUCAAGGUCCAGGGCAAUGACUGUGUCUUCGUUAAAGGAGAUAUGGACGCAACUGGCCAAGAAACUGGAAAUAGAUUUCCAGGACUUGGGGAUGAUCAAACAUAAGAAUCAGUUGCCUCCUGACGUUAACAAAAGUAGGGUUUGCUUUGUGGGAUGCAAAAGUGAGUCAGUGAAGGUGCCAAUAACUUUAGCAUCUGCACUUCUUAGAUGUAGAAUGGGACAUGGUCAUGGUGUUAUCAUUGUCACUGGCUCUUUGCAUAUUGUUGGUGCAGUGCUAGGAUGUUUAGAUUACUGAAUCUGAAGGCCUUGUUGAUGUCAAUAGAUGAACUAGAUGGCUAGAUUUUAGUUGUGCACCUGGAGUGCUGCCUACAUAAUCUUGACUUGUACACUGCUACCAUACCGUCUAUGUUCUAUUCUGGUGGAAAGUACCCGAGUUUGGUAAUGGUUUAAAUCUAUUGGUUUGUUAUUUUCCAA